GCUGUGAAAAAGUCACGUGACCCUUCCCUGUUCUCAUCUGCAAAAUGUGGAGCGCGGUUGCACGGGCUUCUUCGGGUGUCCUCCGGGGCUUGAAACCAGCCCUUGGUGCCCAAAGCAUUAAAAGCGAGACCGCCAAGGCUCUCGUUGGCUUCGGCUCCAAUAACCGCAGCUAUGCCAGCGCUGCACCGAAAGGCAAGGGCAUCAGCGGCCGUGUUGUGGCCGUCAUCGGUGCCGUUGUCGAUGUCCAGUUCGACGACGACCUUCCUCCCAUCUUGAACGCUCUUGAAGUGCAGAACAGGUCACCAAGGCUGGUUCUUGAAGUCGCCCAGCACUUGGGUGAGAACACCGUGCGCACCAUCGCCAUGGACGGUACCGAGGGUCUUGUGCGAGGCCAGCAGGUGCUCGACUCUGGCUACCCCAUCAGGAUCCCCGUGGGUGCUGAGACCCUGGGCCGCAUCAUUAACGUGAUUGGCGAGCCCAUCGAUGAGCGCGGCCCCAUCAAAACCGACAAGUUCGCUGCCAUCCACGCCGACGCCCCUGAGUUCGUUGAGAUGAGCGUUGAGCAGGAAAUUCUGGUCACUGGUAUUAAGGUUGUCGACCUGCUCGCCCCCUAUGCCAAGGGUGGAAAGAUCGGUCUCUUCGGUGGUGCUGGCGUGGGCAAAACUGUGCUCAUCAUGGAGCUGAUCAACAACGUUGCCAAGGCCCAUGGUGGUUACUCUGUGUUUGCUGGAGUCGGAGAGAGAACUCGUGAAGGAAACGAUUUGUACCACGAAAUGAUUGAGUCUGGUGUGAUUUCCCUCAAGGACAAGACCUCCAAGGUCGCCCUUGUAUAUGGACAGAUGAACGAGCCCCCUGGCGCUCGUGCCCGUGUCGCCCUUACCGGUCUGACAGUCGCCGAAUACUUCCGUGACCAGGAAGGACAGGACGUGCUGCUCUUCAUUGACAACAUUUUCAGAUUCACCCAGGCCGGUUCCGAGGUGUCUGCCCUGCUGGGUCGUAUCCCCUCCGCUGUCGGCUACCAGCCAACCCUGGCCACUGACAUGGGUACCAUGCAGGAGCGUAUCACCACCACCAGGAAAGGCUCCAUCACAUCCGUGCAGGCCAUUUAUGUGCCCGCUGACGACUUGACGGAUCCUGCUCCUGCCACCACCUUCGCUCACUUGGACGCCACCACCGUGUUGUCCCGAGCCAUCGCCGAGCUGGGUAUCUACCCCGCUGUCGACCCUCUUGAUUCCUCCUCCCGUAUCAUGGACCCCAACAUCAUUGGCGCUGAGCACUACAAUGUUGCCCGUGGCGUCCAGAAGAUCCUCCAGGACUACAAGUCUCUCCAGGAUAUCAUUGCCAUCCUUGGUAUGGAUGAGUUGUCUGAGGAAGACAAGCUGACCGUCGCCCGCGCCCGCAAGAUCCAGAGGUUCCUGUCCCAGCCCUUCCAGGUCGCUGAGGUCUUCACUGGCCACGCUGGAAAGCUGGUGCCUCUUGAGGAGACCAUCAAGGGAUUCAAGAAGAUCCUUGAAGGAGAGUACGACCACCUCCCUGAAGCUGCAUUCUACAUGGUUGGCCCCAUUGAGGAGGUCAUUGCCAAGGCUGAGAAGCUGGCCGAGCAGACCUCGUAAGAGCUGCGCUGCUCACUAUUUAGUUUAGUAGUCGCAAAUGAAAUGCCAUCUUUGAGCAAAUGUGAAGUACUCGACUCGGCCUCCGGAGUUCUCCGCUGGACGCCAUCAGCCCCCCUCUAAAUGGCCCUCGAGAGCUCCGGCUGCUGACUUUGAGUCUAAACGCUGCUACGCGAUAAGGGUAUUUACAAACUUGAGCAGAUUACCAGAAAAAAGAAAGAAUAAACAUGGCAGGCGGUGUGUGACUUGAACGCUAAAUAAAACUGAUUUUCAUCCAGCCCUUGCAACUGCAAAAAUUUCACCACAACACUCUUCUUACAGCAUAAUAUUGUUGGUACUUGAAUUCCAAGUAGGUUGACUGUUUCUUUGUUGUUAUUGUACAAAAAAGUGAGGAAGAAAACGAAAGAAAUAAAACAUCCGUAUUGAUAUAAAAAAUAUCAAUGAAAAAUAUAA